GGACGGGCGAUGUUCUCCGGCAGCUCAGCUCUUUCUUUUAAAUCGUCUGUCGCCGCAGACAAACAAAAUUAAUUAUUUAACAGUCGCCGCGAGUGAAUCCGGUCGCGAAACGCAUCGAUUGACGUGCAUUUCGGGUGAAUUUUUGGCCAAAAUCAUCCCGGAUAAGAAAUAAACAAAAAAAUUCGUGAGCCAAGUGUUUCGCUCUGCCCGUGUUUCGGAACCUUUGCUGGCUUUUUGGGGCAGACAAACCGUGAAAAAGUGCAAAGAAAAAGGUGAAAAUCGAGCAAAAAAGUGAAAUGAAAUAAAAAUCGGACCUGAAAAGUUUUUUUUUCGCCUGCUGCUCGUCGUUCACGUCAAAAUAAUGUUGCUCAGGUGGAAAUUUACAUAAAAUCAAUGCCUGUGUAGACAGCGGGCAACAAUAAUAAAAAAAAAUAUUUAAAAAAAAAAAAAUGUUUUAAGAAAAAAGAAGAAAAAAAAAAGAAAUCUAAUAAUCAAUAAAAAAAAAUGUGUGGUUAAAUUUUUCUUUCGCGACGACACGAAAAAAAAUAAAGGCCAGAAAAAUGCAGGCUAAGAAACGAUAUAUUUUAGUGAUUUUAUCGUGUGCAUUUCUAGCGCUAUGCUAUUUGGGCGGCUAUCGUCUCAAAAUCCUCCAAAGCAUGGUAAUGACUAAGCUAUCGUCUGUCAUGUCUUCUUCGUCACCCAACCAACAGCAACAACAAGAAUAUCAUCACAGCAACUUCUAUCUAAAUAAAUAUCAUAAUCAUAAUCCGAAUAGUGUUAGUGGUAGCUCCUCCAGUGUUAUAAUGUUUAGAAGCCAUGUUAAUAGUAAUAAAAAUAGCAUAAAUAAUAUUGAUAAUGUUUACGAUAAUAAUGAUCCCGCAAAUUCAUUUUUGCAUGUGCAAGAUAGUGUUUUUACCGAGGAUCUGUACAACACACCAAGGCACGAAUCAAAAUUAUGGAUAAGUUCAAAUAGUCAGGAUAGAACGUUGUUCGAUAAUCAAAAUAAUCAAAAUAAUAAUAAUAAUCACAUGAAUAGAAAUAAUAAUAACAACAUCUAUAACAACAAUAACAAGUAUCGAAAUUGUCGCAUGGAAACUUGUUUCGACUUUACCAAGUGCUAUGAAAAUUUUUUAGUGUACGUUUAUCCGCCAGAACCGCUAAAUUCGCUCGGCGCCGCACCACCGAUUAGUCAAAACUACCAGAAAAUCCUGUCGGCGAUACAGGAGUCGCGUUACUACACCACAGACCCCGAGAAGGCGUGUCUCUUUGUGCUCGGCAUCGAUACACUCGAUCGCGAUCAGCUCAGCGAGGACUACGUACGAAAUGUGCCGUCGCGUCUUCAGCGCCUGCCUUACUGGAAUAACGGGCGAAAUCAUCUCAUUUUUAACUUGUAUUCCGGCACGUGGCCCGACUACGACGAACACAGCUUGGGCUUCGAUCCGGGCCAGGCAAUUCUCGCGAAAGCCAGCAUGAGUGUGCAAUCGAUGCGGCACAACUUCGACGUCAGUAUUCCGCUGUUCCACAAGCAUUUUCCAUUGCGCGGCGGCAAUACGGGUUUUGUGGUGAGCAACAAUUUUCCGGCAAACAAAAAAUACCUGUUGGCGUUCAAGGGUAAACGUUACGUGCAUGGAAUUGGCUCGGAAACGAGAAACUCCCUUUUCCACUUACACAAUGCCAAAGAUUUAGUAUUGGUGACAACGUGUCGUCAUGGCAAAAGUUGGCGCGAACUACAAGAUGCAAGAUGUGACGAAGACAAUCGUGAAUAUGACAAAUAUGACUACGAAACACUUUUGCAAAAUUCAACGUUUUGUUUGGUGCCAAGAGGUCGUCGCCUUGGUUCAUUUAGAUUCCUGGAGGCACUUCAAGCUGGUUGUAUUCCCGUCCUGCUUUCAAAUUCAUGGGUUCUUCCAUUUGAAGCGCGAAUUGAUUGGAAUCAAGCUGCCAUUUGGGCAGACGAGCGACUUUUAUUGCAGGUGCCAGACAUCGUUCGAUCCAUAUCACCUAGUAAAAUAUUAGCUUUGCGACAACAAACCCAAGUUUUAUGGGAACGAUAUUUUAGUUCAAUUGAAAAAGUAGUUUUUACAACAUUUGAGAUAAUAAGAGAAAGACUGCCUGAUUAUCCUCAGAGGAACGGUAUUGUUUGGAAUUCAUCGCCGGGGGCACUCCUCACACUGCCUACCUACUCCGACACAUCCAAAGAACUGCCAUUCCUUUUAGACUCGUACGGUUAUGAUCCAGGUGUUAAUUAUACCGCCGUUAUCUUUGUACAAGUUGGCGUCCAAUUGACACCAAAUGUAGCGUUAUAUAAGCUAGUCAAGAGUAUAGGGAGAAGUCAAUUCGCUAGUAAAAUUUUAAUACUUUGGGCUUCAGAUAGACCAAUUCCAUCGAAAAAACGAUGGCCAAGUACAGGACACAUUCCAUUAGUUGUAAUUCCAAACACUUCGAAUGAAGAACGACCCAGCAUAUCACAAAGAUUUUUCCCGCAUCCCCAAAUCGAGACACAAGCAGUCCUGUCACUCGACGAAGAUGCCAUCCUCAACACGGACGAACUCGAUUUCGCGUAUCAAGUGUGGCGCGACUUCCCGGAUCGCAUCGUUGGAUAUCCCGCACGUGCCCACUUCUGGGACGAUUCAAAGAAUGCCUGGGGCUAUACAUCCAAAUGGACAAAUUACUAUUCAAUUGUGCUAACGGGUGCUGCAUUUUAUCAUCGAUACUAUAAUUAUUUGUACACAAAUUGGUUAUCAUAUUUAUUGUUAAAAACCGUUCAACAAUCAUCAAAUUGCGAAGAUAUUUUGAUAAAUCUACUUGUGUCACACGUAACGAGAAAACCACCAAUUAAGGUAACGCAGCGCAAAGGUUACAAGGAUCGUGAAAGUGGGAGAUCGCCAUGGAAUGAUCCGGAUCAUUUUAUACAAAGACAAAGUUGCCUCAAUACCUUUGCAGCUGUUUUCGGCUAUAUGCCGUUAUUACGUUCCAAUUUACGGUUAGAUCCCGUGCUGUAUCGUGACUCCGUAUCAAAUCUUCGCAAAAAAUACAGACAAAUUGAAUUAGUUGGCAGCUAGCGAUUUCUAUAUUUUUUAGACAAAUAAAUUAAUUAACAGAACAAAAAAAAUUAGAAAAAAAUACAAAAAAAAACGAACAAGAAUGAUGAACAAAAAAAAAUAUAUAUAAAAUAUAAUACUAAAAGGUAGGUCAAAUUUUUUUAUACAUACAUUAUAUAUUAUUAUAUUAUAUUACCAACGCCAGAGACCGAACCGAAAAAAAACACACACACACGAUGUUAUAUAAAUGUAUAUGAAAAUUAAUUUUUAUUAUCACAAAAAAAAAAUAAAAAUGACGAUGAUGAAUAAAAAAGAUAUUAUUAAUAAAUAAUAGGUUAAUGAU